CAGGUGUGACGUGAGGGACAGCUGGGCCGGGAGCACCGGUCACUCUCAUUUGGAUGCAAAUCCACGAGAGUGGAGGAGCUGGCUCACGUCAGGAAGGCCUUAGUGCACCGUUGGCUUCGUGUCAAACGAGGCACAUCAUGAGAGACUGCAGACAGGCCUGGAUCUACGUGGUAUUUUACUGAAGGAACCCGUUUGGACUAUAAACGGCACAGGGUUGUUUUUUUCUCACAGUUGUAGGGUCACAAUGUUGCCUUGAAACAGGCUUCAUCUGCCCUUUACUGUUAUUUUUCAAAAACUUUUCAUGCAAAACAUGUAUGUGGGUUACCUACUGGAUAAAGAAAGCGGCAUGUAUCACCAAGGGCCAGUGAGAAGAUCCAGCAUCAGUCUGCCUCCACAGAACUUUGUUUCGACACAGCAAUACCCCGAUUUUACAGGAUACCAUCAUGUCCCGAACAUGGAUACACACACACAAUCUGCGAGCAGUUGGGGACCUUCCUAUGGCGGCCCAAGGGAGGACUGGGGCACUUAUGGACUGGGACCCCCUAAUGCUAUUCCUCCACCCAUGAGCAACUCAUCUUCUGCACAGGGCCCUUACUGCACGUCUGAGUACAGUCACAUGCAUCCUCCCGGGGCCACAGUCCUGCAGCCGCCGCCGGACAACGUUUCUGUCUCACAGCUUUCUCCCGAAAGAGAACGGCGCAGCUCGUACCAGUGGAUGAGCAAAACUGCGCAGGCGUCUUCCACGGGUAAAACAAGAACGAAGGAGAAAUACAGGGUAGUGUACACAGACCACCAGAGACUGGAGCUGGAGAAAGAGUUUCACUUCAACAGAUACAUCACCAUCAGGAGAAAAUCUGAACUGGCUGUCAACCUGGGUCUGUCUGAAAGACAGGUGAAAAUAUGGUUUCAGAACCGGAGAGCAAAGGAGAGGAAGUUGAUCAAGAAGAAGUUGGGUCAGUCUGACGGGAGCAGCGGCUCCGUGCACAGUGAUCCGGGUUCAGUGAGUCCCCUGCCGGUCCCGGGGUCCCUGAGUCCCACAGACAUGCACGGAUCUAUGUACCCCCCUCAGGGAAUGAGCACCUUGCCAUCUAUCAGGAAUAUACAGCAGGUGACUGUGACCCAGUAGGACAGCUGGAGCAUCUUCUCUGGUAUAACUGAGCACUCCAACGCGCGGACUGGACACUUGGCGGGGCAUCAAGAGGAUAAGACUCACUGCGCUGCAGAAGGACACACAUUUCAUUUGUAGCAAUGAAAUGCUGGAGGCUCUUCAAUAUAGGCUUUUAUAGAAUAGUUUUUUAUAAUGUCGGGUUUGCAAAGAUGAAAAGAAUGCGCGUGUUUUCGAACUUAAAAGCUUUAAACUGUUUUGUGAAUUUAUAAGAUAUAAAUAUCAUCUUUUGUUUGUAAAAUUGAAUGUGUUUGUGAAUAUGAUGUCCUGGAAAAAUAACUCAGGCAUUUCAGGGGAGUUUUAAACGAGACAUCUCAGAACUAAAGGCGUCGAAUUCAAUCUUUUUAGAUGUUUUAGAAUCAAUACGUGCGCAAAAAGCAACUGUCAUUGAAACGGGUUUGUAAAUAAAAGGCUUUUUGCAGAAAAUUUGUCAUGUUUUAAA